CAUGUCCUCGACGGAGAGCCCCAGUCGUGCGGCGGACAAGUCGCCGCGCCAGCAGGUGGACCGCCUGCUCGAGGGGCUGCGCUGGCGGCGGCUGGAGGAGCCGCUGGGCUUCAUCAAAGUCCUCCAGUGGCUCUUUGCUAUUUUCGCCUUCGGGUCCUGCGGUUCCUACAGCGGGGAGACAGGAGCAAUGGUUCGCUGCAACAACGAAGCCAAGGAUGUGAGCUCCAUCAUUGUUUUGUUCGGCUAUCCCUUCAGGUUGCACCGGAUCGAGUAUGAGAUGCCUCUCUGUGAUGACGACUCGUCCUCCAAGACCAUGCACCUCAUGGGGGACUUCUCCGCCCCGGCCGAGUUCUUCGUGACCCUCGGCAUCUUCUCCUUCUUCUAUACCAUGGCUGCACUUGUCGUCUACUUGCGCUUCCACAAGCUCUACACGGAGAACAAGCGCUUCCCGCUGGUGGACUUCUGUGUGACUGUCUCCUUCACCUUCUUCUGGCUGGUAGCUGCAGCUGCCUGGGGCAAAGGCCUGACCGACGUCAAGGGGGCCACGCGGCCAUCCAGCCUGACGGCAGCCAUGUCCGUGUGCCAUGGAGAGGAAGCCGUGUGCAGUGCCGGGGCCACACCCUCCAUGGGACUGGCCAACAUCUCUGUGCUCUUCGGCUUUAUCAACUUCUUCCUGUGGGCCGGGAACUGUUGGUUUGUGUUCAAGGAGACCCCAUGGCAUGGACAGGGCCAGGACCAGGGCCAGGGCCCCAGCCAGGAAAGCGCAGCCGAGCAGGGAGCAGUGGAGAAGCAGUAAGCAGCCCCCACCUGGCUACUCCCGAACUGGACAGCACCUCUUCACCACCUCCGGCUUCCAGGACCUCCCUCUUCCUCCUCCUCCACUUCCCCUCCCCCAUCAGUCUGGGAUGGGCAGGCAUCAGCUGGUGGAAACCUGAGCAGCCUUCCCAUGGCUUCCUAUCCCUUCUCUCGCUGGAGCCCCAGAUGGCAGGAGCUCAGUGCUUCUUGUGAACGGCCUGGAUCCAGGUAUCUUACCUGGGUCUCACCUGGACCCUCAUAGCCUCAGUCUACCAGCUACUGCUGCAGGUGAGGGUUGGGGCAGGAAACCAGAGGCCCGAGACUGGCUCAGCAGCUCCUGUCUGUCCAAUGUAGCGGGGGAGGGGAGCAUGGCUGGCAGCCUUCCCCCUGGUCCCCUGUGGCCGGGUGGCCACUGUGGUUGGGUGGCCCCCUCACAGGCAGCCAUCUGGUCUCUGUGCCUGAUCCCCGGUCAGCCCAGAGCUCCGCGGGCUUCCACUCUGUUCUCUGCUGUCCGUGUGGACCAGGGAGGCAGUCUGGCCUAGCAAACAGCCCUUUCCAGGGUCCUGAUGAGGUCCUCGCUCAGCUGGGAUCAGGUAAAUUGCAACCUGAACUAAAGCCAAGAAAACUGCUGGCAGAAUCAGCUUCUUGGAGCCCCUCAGCCCCCGCCCCCUAGGCCGGGGCACUUCCCACCAACACUGUCAGCUCUACUCACUCUGGAAACUCCGUCCCUCCCCCCUACCCAGUCCUCCCUCCUGGGCUGUCUCAUACCUGUGACACUAGGUGAGGGGGCUCGGAGCAGCCUCACUUCAGUGCCCCCACACCCACCUCCCCCUCCCCAACCCUCUCCCUUCUCCAGCCUCUUGGACGGGAGGCAUUUGAGAUCCUCUCUGAAGAUGGGUGGGGCCUGCCUUUCAUUCCUGUGGGGCCAGAAGGGGGCUUUCACAAGGCCCAAAGGACCAUCAGGAGGCCAAGUUGCCCCAGAGCCCCAGGACGUGGAUGCGUGGGCCCACUUCUUCCUUCCUCUCUGCCCCUGCUCCUUCCACGACCUCUUCUCAUCUUUACAAAAGGAUGCGUCCUGUCCCCUUGCCCUCCCAUUCCGCCCUCUUCCUCUUUCCUCCCAGCCGCCAUCCCCUCCCCAGUCCAGGGCAGGCCGAUGCUAUUGGUGCUUCUUCACUUCGGGACCCAGUUCCAUAUUUGUCUUCAGUGUGUCUCCUCUUCCUGACCUCCUUCAGUCCCUCUCGACACCCCCAAGCUCUGGGAGUCGGGGCUGGCUGGGUGAGGGCCAUCUGCCUCCCACCCAGCUCAAAAUGCUCCAUCUGACUUGGCCAUAGGGCUGCCCGCAGAAAGAUGAAAAGAAUCCAGCCAUUUUCCAAUCCCAUGCCAGUUGGCCCAUUUAGUAUCCUAAAGGUCAAUGUGCCCUGUGCCAGUCUCUCCUCUGGGCGCAGCCAACCCCUUUCAGCUUCCUCCCUCCCUGGAUGCAUCCACAGUAACAUGUGCAUUACUGGGGUACCCAGGGGUCUGGCCCACCACUUCCUCUUUGGAUCAGAGUUUGGGUUGGGGGGAUGUGAGAUUUACACCCCCAAAGGCUCCAGAGUCCCUUGGUGGAAGAAUUAGGAUGUUGGUUUUGUGUUUUAGGUUGUGGGGAAGGGGUCUGAGGAGCAGAAAGGCGAUGAGGUGAGAAUAUUCUGAAACUCACUCUCUCUGUCCGUCCUGAGCUGUCCCCAUGGUUACUCAAGGACAAGGGGGGACGGUUUUGCCGGCAGCUCCAGAGAACAAUGGGGUGACCUUCACUUUCCUUCAGGCCAGCCCCUGGGGGUGGUCCGUGAGCAGCUUCUGACGGAACUUUGUUUGGAUUCUGUGUCUGUAUUUGUAAUUUAUUUGAAAUAUGAUGGAUAAAGUAGUCUCACUUGGGGGCCACGGUUAGCAGCUAUAGUCCCCUUCAACUAGGGAACUGGGGGGCGGGGAUCUGCUCCUGCCGAGGACCCCAGCCCAGGCCUCUCGCCGGAGCACAGGAGCCUCCUCUGCUUCUCCCGAAGAGGCUGCCGUGUUCUCAGCUGGCAGAGCCUCCAUUCUGGCUGUCGUCUCCCUCUCCACCGCACCCUGGGAGGAAAGGCCACUUCACCUCAUUACCUCCAGAGGGCUGGGCUGUCCUCACAGGACUUCUGUCCCCUCCAACCAGGGCUGUCAUUGCCAUUUUGCCUAGUGGGGCCUGAGGUAGGAGACGGUGUCUGGUUUCUCCAGCUGCUGCAGGAGACCAGGCAGGGCACUUGCCGUUUGCCCUAGUGAACCUUGACCCUGCCAGGGAGCCACCCAGGACCUCUCCUGGCCACAGAUUCCCUCCAGCGUCAUGGUCAUCGGUCUCCUAUGUUGGGGAUUGCAGAUGGGGUGGGGGGAGAAUGUUGCAUGUCGUUUU